GUAUCGAAAGUAUUGAUAUAAUAUCAUUGCUGAUAUGAAAACGUAUUCAAUAUUCAGAGAAUAGAGAUUUGGUAAUUUGUAUAAUAAUAUUUGUGAUACAUACGAAUUUGGUGAUUUACAUUCGAAAGCGAUUUUUAUAAGUAAAUGAAAACACCGACUAUGAUGAAAAAACGACUUUGUGUACAGCAACUUUGUCUGACACUGAUGGUUGGUUGGGGAAUACCACAUUUAACAUUCUAAACAGUAAUCCGUCUGCAACAACAGAAUUGGAAAGAGAACACGAUUUAUUCGAAUUUACUUUCAAUAAAACCAUAGGAGACACUGUGUUCAAUACAACGGUAUACUUGAUCACAAGAGUGCAGCUGGAUUAUGAAAAAAAUAUAUUUUACUCCUUCACUGUACAAGCUCAGGAUGGCGCAGGUCACUCAACAAUUCCAAAUGCAAACGUUACUUGCAUUGUGGAUGUUGGGGAUUUAAACGACAUGCCUCCUGAAUGGACAUAUUUUUUUACUACUAAACAAAUAGUGGAGAAGACAUCAUAUAACUUUAAUGUCACAGCAGUUGAUGGAGACAGAGGAAUAAACGCACCUAUACACUAUUCCAUAAUAUCUUAUGAUGAAGAUGUUUGCGAAGGAUGCUGUGUUACUCUUGAAACUGUAGAUGGAAAAGCAGUAUUAACUGUGAACCCAAUUGAUAGAGAUGCAAAGGACUUAUCAACGUAUGCGUUUCGAAUAAUGGCCCAAGAAGAAGAUGAUCCACCUUACAAUGUAACAUUGGACAUUACCUUUAUCCUCGAAGACAUAGACGAUAACAGUCCAUUGUUUAAGCAAGUUUACUUUUCGGAUGGAUCUUCCGUAACUCUGGCCGAUGGGGUUACAAAAAUUAUUGAAUUUUCUUUCCUGGAAAAUUUUGCUGAAACGAUCAAUGGCACGAUAUGGAUUCGGGAUAUUGAUACGGGUGAAAAUGCACAAUUCAGCGUAGAGCUUGUAGAAGACGAGGAUGGAGAGUACCAAAACGAAACAUACACUCAACCUUUCCUGAUUGUACCCACUGCAGGAUACAAAAGCGGGAAUUUUUCCAUACCAGUGAAAAACAAUACAAAAUUGGACUUUGAGAAUGAAACCUGGCAAAAUUUUUCAUUUUACGUGCAUUCUUGGGAUAAGAAUGAGACGAAUCAAGAUCUGCUUCUCGUUAAAAUUCAUUUAAUUGACUACAAUGACGAACUACCGAUCUUCGGCGAAGAAUAUUCAGUAGACGUAAACGAGACUAUUGAAAAGGGGGAGAAGUUAAUACAAGUAAAAGCAACUGAUAGGGAUGCCGAGGAUGCUAUUCUUGAACAUGAAUUGGUUGGAGCUAAUGCUAUAAUCAAAUUGAUGGAAAUCGACCAUGCAGAAGGAAUAAUCACAGUGGCAGUAGACGAUGCAUUUGAUUAUGAUCGUAUAAAUCCAGUGAUUUUCCAAGUUCAAGCCAUAGAUGCUGUUAGACACACAACUACUGUAUCGGUAACUGUUAACUUACUCGACGUUAACAAUAAAGCUCCAACAUACAAAGUGAGUGAUGUUAUUAGGGUGGACGAAAAUCAAAAGAUAGGUGAUAGGCUAAAUGUAACAAUAACCGCGUCCGAUGUCGACACUACACGCAAUUUAACUGCCGAAAUUGACUGGGAAAAUUCAUUUGCUAUGAAAAACUCUCAAAAAUUAACAUCUACGGCUGAAAACCUAAAAGCCAUGAGGUUUUUAGAUUUAGAUUAUGAAAUAGAUCCUACUGCUAAUGACACUAUUGAGAUCUAUCUGGCAAUUAACAAUAAUAACGACGACCAAACAGCCCCAGAUUAUGAAACAUUCGAUACUUUAUAUUUGAAUGUUACAAUUAUAGAUCAUAACACCAAACUCCCUGAAUUUGCAGACAAGAUGAGCAUACAAGCUUUAAUUGUUGUGAAUAUCAACGACAUCAACGACAAUGAACCCAUAUUUACGGACGACACUAUCGCGAGGAACAGAACUGUAUAUGAACGAGUGAAAAAUGGUACCCUGGUCGGUUCAAUUGAGGCAAUCGAUAAAGACAUUGGUGAUAUCGUUACCUAUACUUGCAUAUCUGCAUACGAAAGUACUGAUUGGUUAACAUGCAAUAGCCAAGGAGAAAUAACAACUAAGACGGAUCAAAUUGACGCAGAUACUAAUAAGGUUUAUAAUAUCACCAUAAAAUGUAAUGCGACUGACGGUUUUUUCAUCACCUCACAAGACUUCAAUAUUUACGUUAUGGAUACAAACAACCAAUUUCCUCAAGUUAUGGUGAACAAUACUCUACCAAGUACUGCAACAGUGUCAGUUUUGGAGAAAAGCGCUGCUAACACUCCCAUUGUGCCAAUUGGAGCUUAUGAUGCCGAUCGUGAUAUUCCGUUCCAUGAUGUCAAGUGCACGUUUAACCAGUCGGAUUUAUGCUAUGAAUCGUUCAUAAUCGUUGAUAGUGAGAUACUAGUUUUGGUUGGUGGAAACGAUUUGAACAGAGAUGAAAACCUUCCAAAAUACGACUGCAUGCUCACGUGCUUUGACAAUCCAAACCGUGAACAGCAAUUUGAUCGUAAUGUAAACUCAACCACAGCAAUUACAAUCAAGUUAAUUGAUAUCAACGAUCACUGCCCAGCCAUGCUUCCAUUGGAUCUAGCAAUCAGCGAAAAUAGAAAAAAGAUCCAAGCUAAGGACAUAGACGAAGGUGCCAAUGCCGAAAUAGAAAUGCAUGUUCUUACAGUUUUUAAAAUAAGUGAGGAUGGUGAGGAAGACUACACGGCAGAAGAAUUAUUUGAUACGCAGAAGGGCGAGGAUUCCGAGUAUAGAGUGAACGACACAGUCAAACAGUGGAACCUGAUAGCGAAAAAAGACUUAAAGGACUACUACGGCAACUUCGUCAUUCAAAUGAAUAUAACUGACUUGGGAGAUCCAGCGAAUGGGACUGAACUACCCGAGAACAUAGCGUUAAAAAACCAAGCCAAAAUUUAUGUUACUGUUGAAAAGUAUAAUUAUUAUGCACCAGUUUUCUUGUUCCCAAAUUCGUCCAAGUUAAACUUUUCGUUACAAGCUGAUCAAGAACCCGAAAAGCCAUUAUCUAUGUACCGUAAUUCAGAGACUUUUGGAAAUAUUACGAUCCGAGAUGGAGCUGAAAAUGAAGGAUGUAUUGAUAAAUGGAUCCCUAGAUUCGACGUUUCAGUAGUCAAUGAUUUUGGUGUUUCAACUAAGAACUUUUUCACGAUUGCUUCGCUUGGAGACUGUACCGGUCAGCUGCAGGUUACCGACUUGUAUAAUAAGGAAGAUGUGGUGGACAUAGUAACAUUCCAGGUUCGCAUAACGGCGAUAUUGGCAGAUGUAACUUCAUUGGACGAAAAUGAAGCUCCUUAUUCCCAGUCUAUCGAUAUUAAGUUACAAUUUGUGGACAUAAAUGACGAUCCGAUUUUCGACCCAACAUCAUGGAAUACAACUAUCAGGGAAGGAGACGCCAGUUUAAUAAUACCGAUUAACGACCAUAAGGCUUUCUAUCCGAACCUGGAUGAUGGUGACGAUGAUCCUCCGAGCAUUUACUAUUUUCUGAAAUCUGACGAUGCUGAUAUCCUAUCAACAUUCUCCAUUGAAUUAAACACCGGCAAUAUAAAGCUGCAGACUGCAUUGGACUAUUUGAAUAGCAGAUCUUACCAAUUCAAAAUGUUGUGUAGUCGAAAUAACAGCGCGGUUUCCAGCAAGAGUGCAUCCAUUUUAGACGUCAACGUCGAAGUGAUUGAAAUUAACAAUCAUAUACCGCAAUGGACACAAAAAUCAUUCUAUGGAGCAAUUUUAAAGAGCACCCAGAAAAACUCUAUAGUCCUGACAAUUAAUGCCACCGAUUUGGACACAAUGGAUCAAGGAAACCUAACGUAUUCAAUAAGUAGCGAUUUUGAAGCAUUUGGAUCUGAGAGCCUGGUUCAAGUGAUAAAAAAUAACCCCUUUCAAUUGGAGGCAACGUCAGGACGUGUAACACUCAAUUUUGCAGUUGAGGCUAAUAUGAAGGGCUACUUCUUGUUCACAGUCAAAGUGGAAGAUACUCAAGAUCAGUUUGGAAAUGGACCGCACGAGAACACAACGACAGUUACAAUAUACAUUGUCACAGACGACAACAUAAUUACCUUUAAGUUUGAAAACACACUGGAUGCCGUUGUGGAUACAGAAUUAUACAUUCUGGAAACAAUUAGUAAAAUCUUGGGCUGGAAUUGCCAGGAGCAAAACAUAGAUAAGAAUACUGUUAACGGAAUACAGUAUGACAAUGUCACGGUGGCUAAUAUAUACUGUAUGGAUAAUAGCACUCUUUUGACUACAGAUGAUCUGAAAGCAAAACUAAACAACAUCAACACGUUCCAACAACUAAAGCGGGAGUUACUUGAACACGGCAUUCUAUUACAAACGUUCGAUGGCGAUUCCUCAGUGGUAGUUACUUUAGAAACCAAUCUAAAAGUCGCUUUAAUUGCAGUGUCCGUAAUCCUUGGAGCCUUAUGUCUUAUCUUGGCAAUUACCUUCUUCUUUAAGACAAGAGAAUUGAGUCGGAGGAUAACUAGAUUAACUGAAAGGAAAUUUGGAUCAGAUGAGUCUACUAUUAAUAGAAAAGGCAUCAACGCACCGAAUACCAACGUUUUUGCUGUGGAAGGGUCGAAUCCUGUUUUCAAAAACGAUUUUACCAAUGACGAUAAAAUACCAAAUGACGCUUCAAGUAUUCACAGCGGUAAUUCCGACUUGGUUGGCGUGGAAGACAACCCAGAUUUUGAUGAAAUGUUUGGCAAAGAGAAAUUCUAGUAGACUAUAAAAGUCGCCAUACACAUUUUUCCUGUUCUGUGUACCAAAUAAAUGUUGAAUAUAUUUUAUUGUUACAAA